AUGAGACAAGGACACAGUGAACCUCCAAGAAAGGCAAGAACAGUGAAGAGUGACAAGAAGUCCAGGAAAGAAAGAUCCUCCGUCUACAUCUACAAAGUGAUGAAGCAGGUUCACCAGGACACCAGCGUCUUCCCCACGGCCACCAACCCCCCGUUUGUCAGUGGUGUUUUUGAGCUCGUCGCGGGGUUGGCUUUCCGCCUGACCCAUGACAACAAGCGCAGCACCGUCAGCUCCCAGGAGAUCCAGACCGGUGUGUGCCUACUGCUGCCUGGGGAGCUGGCCAAACAUGCCCUGUUGGAGGGCACAAAGUCUGUGACCAAGCACACCAGCUCCAAGUGA